AUGCUCGGCGUGGCUCGCGACGCUCCCCUGGAGGAGAUCAAGCGGGCCUAUCGACGAAAGGCCCUCGAAUUGCACCCCGACAAGAACCCGGGGGACGCAGCUGCUGCAACCGUGCGAUUCCAGCAGCUGCAGGCGGCGUACGAGACGCUCUGCCGCCAGAAGGAGGCCGGCGGGGAGCCACAGGAAAGGCAGGAAAAGAAGGAGGGGGAGUGGAAACGAGAAGAGCAGCAGGAAAAGGCGUGGAAGGAAGAGGAUGGAAGGCAGCGGCAGCGUAAAGAGGAAGACCGGUGGUGGGAAAAGGACGAUAAACGGAAGAAGAAAAAGAAAAGGCAGAGAAAGAAGCAGAGCAGCGAAGCACCGGAGGAGGAGGAGGAGGAGGAGGAGGAGGAGGAGGAGGAAGAGAAUGAGGAGAAAGAAAAGGAAGAAGAGGAGGAGCAGGCGGAAGAAAGGGCGAAGUAUUGGGAGGAUGAAGAGAGGGGGAAGGACUGGGAAAAGAAGAAAAAGAAUGAGAGAAGGCACCGAAAAGAUAAGAAUCAGAUGAACGAAAAUACAUGGGAGAGAAAGUGGAGCAAGAAAACAGCAGAAGAGGAGGAGGAAGAAGGGGAGGAGGAGGAGGAGGAGGAGGAAAAGGUGGGGAAGGAAGAAGAAAGGCAAAUGGACUGGGAGGAAAGAAAGAAACAGGAGACGGGGCCCCGCAAAGACAAGGAGGAAAUAAAGAAAGAGAGAGCAUGGGAGAGGAAGAGGAAGAAUAAAAGAUCAGAGAAGGAAGAGCAGGAGGAGGAGGAGAAGGAGGAGGAGAAGAACUGGAAAGCGGAGAAACCAGUGAGUAAGCAGAAUGCAAGGGAGAGAAGGAAGAAGCGAAGAGAGGAAGAGAGAAAGAGACAACAAGAGGAAGAGGUGAGGAUGAGAAGACGGCGACAUGAGGAACAGAGAAAGGCGAACGAACGAAAGAGGGAGAUGGAGGAGGAGAAGGAGAAAGAGGAAACAUUCGACAAAGCGUGGCAUAACGGUUUGAAAUACAAAACACUACAUCUGCAACUUCCAUCAACCAUUGAACGACUUCUCUGUGACUUCCUGAAUGAUGGGAAAGCCCGCGUCAAAAUAAAUAAUUACACAGGUCCAAACAUCAACUUAGAGUGUGGAGUGCCUCAGGGCAGUGUGCUUUCGCCAACCCUCUUCACCAUAUAUACCAAUGACAUCAGAAAACCCUACAAAGUAAAACAGCUAGAAGUCAGUCACCAGAGAGAGAGCGUCGAAGCAUCACUUCACCUCUGUCAUAUCAGUGUCUCAGUUCUCAAGUGUGUACUGUGUAAAUCAUAUCGCGUGUACUUAGUAAAAGAAAUCUACCAAUAA